CCCGUCAUAUUCUCUCCACACAUCAUCCCAAAUUCCAUUCAAAGCAUCUGUAAAGUUCCCCUUUCUUCUUCCUUACAAUGGCACCAAAAGCUGAGAAAAAGCCCGCCGAGAAGAAGCCAGCAGCUGAAAAAACUCCCUUAGCGGAGAAAUCUCCGGCAGAGAAGAAGCCAAAGGCCGGUAAGAAGCUACCAAAGGAUAGCAGUGCAGCUGCCGGAGACAAAAAGAAGAAGAGAUCUAAGAAGGCGGUUGAAACCUACAAGAUCUACAUCUUCAAGGUGCUGAAGCAGGUACAUCCAGAUAUCGGUAUUUCUAGCAAAGCUAUGGGUAUAAUGAACAGUUUCAUCAACGAUAUCUUCGAGAAACUUGCACAGGAAUCCUCUCGUCUUGCUCGUUACAACAAAAAGCCUACCAUCACUUCUCGUGAAAUUCAAACUGCCGUUCGUCUUGUUCUUCCUGGUGAAUUAGCUAAACAUGCUGUUUCUGAAGGAACUAAGGCUGUUACCAAAUUCACUAGCUCUUAAAAUUUUUUAGGUUCUGUGUACUACUGUUAAAGUUUGAAAUUAGUAUUUUGUGGAUGUAAAAUUAGUUCAAUUAGCUUGCUCUUAGCUUAUCCUUUUGUAAUGAACUGCUAAUCAUGAAUGAAAAUUUCCAGUUUUCAACAUCAA